AAUACAUAUAAAAGUUACACCCUUUUAGUUCCAUGUAAAUAGCAUAAACCCCCUGAAAACCCCUUGAAAGUUUCAUUUAAAGUCCUAUUCAUGGCGGCAUUUCUUCGAACAUCUGGUAGAUCACUUCUCUCCCAAUUUUGGAGGAGUAACGCAUCACAGGCAAUUCAAAAAUCACCAUUUGAAUCAAACAUACUGAGAAUACUCCGCAAUGAAAUCCAGUAUCAGUUGGAUUACGCCCCUCCUCACCCGCCUGCUACAAAGUUUAAUACAUUUAUGGUGGAAGAUCGGCCAGGCGAGCAGUGGAUUACCUUGAGGAGAAAAUUCGGCAAGGAUGAACAUAUCAAAAUCGAGGCAACGAUGAUUGAUGGAGCAAUUACUGUUCCAAAGGCAAGUGAUGAGAAUUUAGGGGAAGAUGUGCGGCUUCAUAUAAGUGUGCUGGUUGACAUAUGGAAGGGUGAAGGUAGUGAGUUCUUAGAGUUCGUUUGUUCAUCCUGGCCAAAUUCCUUGGAAAUUCAGAAAGCUUACGUACUCAGAAGCGAUGGUUCUCAAGCUCAGACUUAUAUGGGGCCCAAUAUUAAGGAUUUGAACAGUGGCUUCCGAGAUGGCCUAAAUGAAUUCCUAAAGGCAAGAGGGAUAAAUGAUGAGCUUUCUGCAUUCCUUCAUGAAUUUAUGAUGAAUAAGGAUAGAACUGAAGCAAUUGGUUGGUUGAGAAAAAUCCAAUCUUUUAUCGAAAAUUAGAGGCACGUCUCUGCUCUCUAAAGUUCUCUGUAAAAUUGAUCUAUUGUAACUUAUGCUUAGCUCGAGAUUUUUACUCUUCUUCUUACCUAUGUGUUUACCUACACAUCAAUUAGUGAAUUGCUGAGGCGUAGACGAUGGGGUAAACAAUGACAUGAUGAUCUGCUUCUCAAGUCAUUGUUCAUUAGGUACUAUGCUACCUUAAGUUGA